ACAAGCGAUGAUGCGGGUCCAAGCUGCAUGGGUCCGGGCCGAGGGCGGGCCCGGGGCGAAGGGGACUGGGCGGGUGGCGCCGCCGCUUGGGCGCCGGGAGGGUGGCAGCACGCGUGGGCGCGGCGAGGGCUGCCUUCUCCCUCGCCCUCCCGCCCCCAGGAGUCCGGCUCCCCGACGGCAGAGCGGCGGGGAAAAGUGGGGGGAGGGAGCUGGAGGAAAAGAAGGGGUCGGCCGAGUCUCUUACCUUGCUCUCCGCUGGGAGUUGGGCGGGCUGGGUGGCCCGGGGAGGGGAAAAGGGUCGGGGGAGGGGGCGGGGAAAGGGGGGAGCCCUUGCGAGGUGUAGCGUCGGAGCAGCUCCCGCCGCCGCCACAGCCGGCGCCUCCUUUCCGAUUCACUCAAACAAACAAGAUGGCUGCCGUUACGCCGCGGCUCUUCCUGCCGCCCAAAUCCUCGGUUCAAAUCGGCAGGAUGUUUACGGUCAAAAUGGUACCUGUGCGCCUGCGCAGCCAGCCUAAGCCUCCUAGAAGGAGCGGCGCAGGCGCAAUGACUAUUUCCUUUUCUUUGGAACCCGCCCUCUGUUUGUGGAGUCCGCAACUGAGCAAGCGCAAAGAGAUCUUUCCAGUGAUGAAAGAAAUUGAAGAGGACACACAAAAAAUGGAAAUAUAUUCCAUGUUCAUGGAUUGGAAGAAUCAAUAUUGUUAAAAUUUCCAUACUACCCAGAGCAAUCUACAGAUUCAAUGUAAUCCCUAUCAAAAUAUCAAUGACAUUCUUCACAGAAAGAGGAAAAAAAUCCUAAAAUUUAUAUGAAACCACAAUAAGACCCAGAAUAGCCAAAGCAAUCCUGAGCAAAAGAAUAAAGUUGGAGGCAUCACAUUACCUGACUUCAAAUUAUACUACAAAGUGAUAGUAAACAAAACAGCAUGAUGCUGGCAUAAAAACAGACACAUAGACUAAUGGAACAGAAUAGAGGACCUAUAAAUAAAUCAAUACAUAUACAGUCAACUAAUUUCUGACAAAGCUGCCAAGAACAUACGUUGGGAAAAGGACGGUCUCUUCCAAAAAUUGUUCUGGAAAAACUAGAUAACUAUAUGUAGAAGAAUGAAACAGAUCACUAUCUUUUGCCAUAUUAAAAAAAUCAAAACAAAAUGGCUUGAAGACUGGAAUCUAAGAUUUGAAACUAUUGAAACUACUAGAAGAAAAUGUUAGGGAAAUGCUCCACAACCAAAUAUUUCUCAGUAAGACCUUAAAAGCAUAGGCAAGCAAAGCAAAAAUGGACAAAUGGGAUCAUGCCAAGCUAAGAACCUUCUGCAAAGCAAACAACAAAGUGAAGAGACAACCCAUCAAGUGGGGGAAAAUACUUGCAAACUACUCAUCUAUCACAGAAUUAAUAGCCAUAAUAUAUAAGGAGCUCAAACAAUAUAAUAGGAAAAUAAUCCAAUUAAAAUUGAGCAAAAGACCUGAAUGGAUAUUUCUCAAAAAAGACAUACAAAUGGCCAACAGGUAUAUGAAAAAAUGCUUAACAUCACUAAUCAUCAGAGAAUUGCAAAUCAAAACUGGGAUGAGGUAUAAUCUCAUCCCAGUUGAAAUGGCUUUUAUCCAAAAUACAGGCAAUAAUGAAUGCUGAUAAAGAUGUGGAGAAAGAGGAACACUCAUACACUGUUGGUAGGAACGUACGUUAGUACAGCAUUGUGAAGAACAGUAUAGAGAUUCCUUAAAAACCUAAAUAUAGAGCCACCAUAUGAGCCAGCAAUCCCACUCCUGAGUAAAUACCAAAAAAAAAAAAAAAAAAGGAAA